UUGCUCGUUUGCCAUUGCCGCCAUCUUGUAUUUGUCACAAACGCUUCAGCUGUAGCUUCUAUUUUAUUCGUAAAGAUAAGAAAAUACUCUGCUAUAAUUCGUUUCAAAUAAUUUAAUUUAAGGUAAUUGUUAUUGAAAAGUUUAUUUUCUUCGAAACAUAUAAAAAUGUCUGGAGGAAGCAGUAGCAACCGAAAUGAGUGCAGAAUAUACGUAGGAAACCUGCCGCCGGACAUAAGAACAAAGGACAUUCAAGACUUAUUUUACAAAUUCGGCAAAGUUACAUUCGUGGAUUUGAAAAACAGAAAAGGUCCUCCAUUCGCGUUCGUGGAAUUCGAGGAUCCUAGGGAUGCAGAUGAUGCGGUACGUGCAAGAGAUGGCUAUGAUUACGACGGUUAUCGUCUACGCGUGGAGUUUCCCCGUGGCGGGGGUGGUGGUGGUGCGAGGGGCGGGCGCGGGGGUGGGGACCGCUUUGGUGCCAGACCGGCCACACGAGGCCCUCCAGCAAGGCGCUCGGAGUACAGAGUACUUGUUACUGGGUUACCACCAUCGGGAUCUUGGCAGGAUCUCAAAGACCACAUGCGUGAAGCUGGCGAUGUCUGCUUCGCGGAUACUUUCAAGGACGGCACCGGUGUGGUGGAGUUCCUCCGCCAUGAAGAUAUGAAGUAUGCAGUGAAAAAACUUGAUGACUCGCGAUUUAGAAGCCAUGAGGGCGAAGUAUCAUAUAUACGUGUGAAGGAGGACUACGGCGGUGGUGGCGGUGACAGAUACAGUGGUGAUCGAGACAGAGGUGCAUCGGGCAGGUCGCGGUCGUACUCGCCGCGGCGGCGCGGCUCGCCGACCUACUCGCCGGUGCGCCGCAGCUACAGCCGCAGCCGCAGCCGUGACCACAACUACUGAACAGUUAGCGAGCGGCGCGCGGCGGAGGGCGGGCGCCGCGACCCCGUAGCCCCGAGACUGCGCCCACUUAGCGCUCUGCCAUGUUUAUAAUAAGAACAAUAUGUAUUUCCAUACUCCUUGUUUUGCAGGCGACAUAUCACAUGCACUCUCUUCUCUUAACAAAUGUACCGAUUAUGAAAGCUGAUUUGAGUCGCUUACAGAAUGAGUUGUAUAAAUUGUAGUUUGUAAUCGAGUUGAUAUAAUUAAAAGUACUUUUUUUUUGUUUCAUCCACUGUGGAUUUGGCUCGUUGGAUGUGCUUGGCUGGAGGUGUGAGUCAGGAUGCCUAGGAUAGGAUCUCGCUCGAUGGCUGGGCUGGACCGGCGGGUAGGACGCGCGCACUCAUCGCACAGGAAUCUCGGAUUUCGGAUCGUACCAAAGGAUCUCGGACGGCUGUCUCGGUUGAGGAUUCCGCUCAGUAUCGCUUGUAGACGUGAACAGUUAACUUUUUGGAUUGUGAACGGAUGUCACGUACCGCGCUCGACGCAGGAACACCGGAUCAUGGAUCUUUGGGUAUGAUUUUAAUAUAAAUUUUUGCCAAAUAACUUAUGUUGAGUGCACGCUCGGUAUAAUACGAGAGUAUUAAUUGUUUGUUUUGGAUAUCCUUAACUCACACUUUAUUUGCUUUUCUCGAUGUCUGCGUAAUUAUCCUACUCGUAGGUGCGCCACGGCCCUAAGGCGAGAGUACAUUAGCUUUGCUCAUUAGUUUUAGCUCUAACAAAUCGAUGUCAUAAAUAUAAUUAGCAUGCUUAAUUGAGCUUUCAUACAAAAUAUACAGUAAAUCGAGAGAUGGUGUGCGAGAAAGAGAGAGUGCUCAGAUGGUAUGCCGGUUCAUUGUUUUUUUUUUUUAUUAUUUUCUAUCGGUGCGAAUGUUGUAAAGGGAACAGAGAUUGUGUUUUACAUAUAGAAUAGAUAUAAAUUGUAAAUUACAAAUUUAAAAAAUCACAAAUUGUUACAUAAUUAUAAUGAAUUUCGACUGAUCAUUAUUGUGAACCAUUUGACUAUAUCAUAGCGUGUGAAAUGUAAUUUAGGUACUGAACCAGCAUUCCAAAGACCAACAUGAUUUGAUCAAUAAAUAUCUCUUAAAAAUA